CUGCAAAUGACAUUCAGGCUAAAGGUUGGCCACCCUACAAGCAGCUGUAAAAGCUACACGUAUUUACACAGUCAGUUGCUCUCUCUAAAGACUUAGACCUGUAGUCAAUUGCAGAGGACAAAGUUGGAUAUUUUCUUUCAUGGAGCAUUAUGGAGUUCUCUGUCACGUUGAUUUCAGCAGGGCUACUCAUUGCUUUGGUGUGGCUGUUUAGCCUGAAGAGUCGUAGACAUUUUUGUUUACCUCCAGGACCCUCUGGCCUGCCCAUCUUAGGAAACCUUCUACAGUUUGACAAAAGAGCUCCAUUCAAAACUCUGCUAAAGCUCAGUCAAAGUUAUGGCCCUGUGAUAACGGUGCACCUGGGCCGUCAGCGCGUUGUGGUCCUGGUGGGGUAUGAUGCUGUGAAGGAGGCACUGGUGGACCAAGCAGAUGACUUCACUGGCAGAGGACCUCUUCCUUUACUGCUCAGAGCUACCAGGGGCUAUGGUUUGGGGAUCAGUAAUGGAGAGCGCUGGAGGCAGUUGCGGCGUUUCACCCUGACAACACUAAGAGACUUUGGGAUGGGACGCAAGAGGAUGGAAGAGUGGAUCCAGGAGGAGAGCAAGCACCUGGUGGCCCGCAUAAAUAGUACCAAAGCCACACCUUUCAACCCCACCUACUUCAUGAGCUGCACUGUGUCCAAUGUGAUCUGCUGCUUAGUAUUUGGUCAACGCUUCAGCUAUGACGAUGACAACUUCCUCCAUCUUCUGCAGAUAAUCUCAGACACCCUGAAAUUUGGCAGCAGUCCCUGGGGUCAGAUGUACAAUAUCUUCCCUCGGUUGAUGGAAUGGCUGCCAGGUCAACAGCACAAAAUGUUUGCCAGAAUUGAAGAGCUGAGAGAGUUUAUUAUGAGAAAGAUCCUGGAACACCAGGACACGCUGGAACCCAGCUCACCCAGAGAUUACAUCGACUGCUUCCUCACUAGACUCAGUCAGGAAAAGCAUAUUCCCACAACUGAGUUCCACUAUGACAACUUGGUGUCAACAGUGCUGAAUCUGUACCUGGCAGGAACUGAAACCACCAGCUCAACUAUCAGAUUUGCACUAAGUGUACUGAUCAAAUACCCCAAAAUACAGGAGACUAUGCAGCAGGAGAUUGGCAGUGUGAUUGGCCAGGAGCGCUGUCCUUAUAUGGAGGACAGGAAGUCCCUCCCCUUUACAGAUGCAGUCCUCCAUGAAAUUCAGCGUCUUAUGGAUAUUGUCCCUAUGAGCAUCCCUCACUACGCACUCCAUGAUAUCUCUUUCCGGGGUUACACAAUUCCCAAGGCUACUGUAAUUGUUCCCUUGUUGCACUCUGUGCUGAAAGAGGAAAAACAGUGGGCAACCCCUUGGUCCUUCAACCCCCAGCACUUCCUGGACCAGAAUGGCAACUUUAAGAAAAAUCCUGCAUUCCUGCCUUUCUCUGCAGGAAAGAGAUCUUGUGUCGGAGAGUCCCUUGCUCGCAUGGAGAUUUUCCUCUUCCUGGUGUCACUUUUGCAGCAUUUCACCUUUUCUUGCCCUGGAGGACCUGACAGUGUAGAUCUCAGCCCUGAGUACAGCGGCUUCGCCAAUGUGCCUCGCAUGUACAAGAUCAUUGCAACUCCCCGGUGUUAAUGCCAUUUUACUGCAUAGUCCUGUGUUUUCAACCUUUCUUUUGGCCUUCAACCUCUGAAAAGUGGAUCAUUUGAUUCCAAAGGACCUAAUUUCAAGUGUAGAUCAAAGUGACUUAACAUUUUUUUCUCCUGUGCCUAUAACUCUGAGGUUUGCCAUGACAUCACCAAAAAAGUCUCCUCUGACCAUGUCUUCUCAGAGCACACAGGGGCACAUGUUGGCACAUAACCUCACAAUGUAGAAAGUGAGAGGCCAUUGAUGGUGCUGCUGUCCUGUUAAAACAUUUCCAAUUAAACUUUUAGUGGUGAAGAUAAUGUCCACUGAUUAUUUAAGUAUUUCCAUGUACCCAACUGACUUUAUAAAAUAUUGUUUUCACACAAAUGCUCAGACCAGUGGUCUUUAGAUUGAAUUCCAACAGUACAAUAUUUGCAUUUGAACGGUUUAAGUGGUGCCAAAGGAAAAACAAAAAGGAUUUUUAAAAUAUUUUUGUAAUUUCCUGGACUCCUGCUAAGACAAUAAAAUAUUUUUUCCCUCUAAA